GAAUACGAGCACAUUCCUAUCAGCAAUUAUCAGCAGCAGUAACUAUAUCCAGAUAUACCUGACAGGGAGAAACACACUGCCGUCGCCCUGGAUAAAAAAAGACCACUUUGGUUUCACUUAUCUCCGAUCUGUGCCCGCAGCCUUUACGCAUUACAAAGGGCGAUGUUUGGAGACGUCCGUGUGAAGUGACACAGGUCCCCCUGCGCUCCUCUGUUGAGGUUUGGACGGCCAAAGGACCGAACUGCUUUAUCACCCUUAUCUGGUGAGAUAAUACACAGAGAGCCCUCGGGAAUGUAGUGAUGUUGCUCUUGUACGCAGCAGACGCUGUUGUCAAAGUUGAGUGUGAUUCGGGUUUCUAUUGAUACAGAAUACAUGUGCAUGAUAGAUGUAAAACAGAACUCGCUGUCUGCUGUGUUUGAUUGGGUUUUUCCGUUUUGGACAUGAUUUAAUGAGACGUGCAAAGCCGCAGGAUAUCUGGGGUUACUCGCCUGUGUCAGUGUGCAGAGACCAGCAUUAGUUCAUGUCAUUUCAGUCCAGUCCGUGUUGGACAGGUGAAAUCUGACUGUUGCUGUUGGAUCAUCGUUGAACUUUUAGACUGAUUUUUUUUUUAUGCGCGACUGUAAGAUAAAAUAAAUUGUACACACCGGCCUAGAGAUUAAUUUUCGAAUCUGUAAAUAAACACACAUAAUUAAAAACAUGUCGCUUAUAUGACAUAAAAUUGGGAAGUCCUUGAAAUUUUGCCAGACUUAAUUGGCCUCAAGUCUCGUCUUUAUUAUAAAAUAUCCGUUACUUGACAGGAGAGUUUCAUUAAAUCAUUUGUUGAAACGGGCACAGAGGGAAAAAAACGCUCCUAUAUUUUCCAUUUUCAAAACUGAACAUAAAAGUUUGUGAAAAUGUAUCAGAGCCUGGCGUUGUCAUCCAAUCAGUCCCCUUACUCAUAUGACACCGGGACUUACAUCCAUCCCUCGGCCAGCUCUCCGGUCUACAUCCCGACCACCAGAGUCCCAGCCAUGCUGUCCACUCUGCCCUGUUUGCAGACCUGCGACUCGACCCUCCAGUCGCACGGCCUCGGCGGGCACCACGGCUGGCCUCAGACCGGCACUGAGGGCUCUUCCUUUACGACCAAGAGCCCUCAGCUCCCGCACGGCUUCUCCUACUCACACAACACGGCCGUCAGCAGUAACUCCGGCCGGGACGCGACCUAUCAGAGUCCUCGGGAUCUCGAAAACGGCGCUCUGGCGGAUCAGUACGGAGGCCCCGUGGUGCGCUCGGGCGGAGGUUCCUAUUCCAGCCCCGACGCGUACAUGAGCCCGGAUGUGGCGACGUCCUCCUGGACACCAGGACCCCUCGAGAGCGGAGGGAUCAGUCUGCCGGGAAGACAUGGAGGACUUUGCGGGAGGAGGUCCAGUCUGGACCUGAUAGACGACAUGUCCACUGAGGGCAGGGAAUGCGUCAACUGCGGAUCCAUGUCAACGCCGCUGUGGCGCAGGGACGGAACUGGGCACUACCUGUGCAAUGCCUGUGGUCUUUACCACAAGAUGAACGGCAUCAACAGGCCACUCAUCAAACCACAGAAACGACUGCAGACCACAUCUCGCCGGACUGGCCUUUCCUGCACUAACUGCCGAACCAGCACCACCACACUGUGGAGACGCAAUGCUGAUGGAGAACCUGUGUGUAAUGCCUGUGGCCUCUACAUGAAGCUGCAUGGGGUGCCCAGACCUCUGGCCAUGAAGAAAGAGUGCAUUCAGACCAGGAAGCGCAAACCCAAGACACACAAGAAUAAAACAUCAACAGGUUCCAUCAAAUCUAACACCAGCUCCCCAACAUCGCUCUCAGUCUCAGAACAUACCUCCACCAUUAAGAGUGAACCUAACACGGCCCCUUCACCCUAUGCAGGACAGACUGGCACAUCUGCCACUCAGACAGGUUCACAGUUAGAGAGCAACAGAUCAAGAGUUGUGGACGUUAAAUAUGAGGAUUAUUCCUUUACCCCUACCUCCAUGGCCUCACAGAACUCGUGGUGUGCUCUUUCUCAAGCAUGAGCAGCCUUGACCAGCAAGACAAGAUAUUGACACCAGAAAAUCCGUUUUGCCUUUGUUGUGGCCAUCUCAACAUCCUGCAAUUAUUCCUCAUGUCACUGGAGCAGUGGAGAAAAGUGAUGCAUAAACAUUAAACUGGGGCUUAUUCACUGUCUGAUAUGUGUUCAGGCUGUGUCAACCCAAGGGCAUCUUAUCCACUUGCCUUCGUUGGCUCUGUAACUUACAGGCUCCAUAUACUGCAGCCUACCUGGUACAUACUUUAGCCUCACAAGGACACAGGGUACCUGGACUGCAGUUUUACAGAAUGAUACCUGUUAUCCACACAACAUUGUCUUGACAGUUCAGCCAGGGUAUAUAAUACAAUUGAACCAGGACUUAGCACUGACCUUGGCUGACUCCCAAACUCCCAUUUAACAAGCCAUACAACAGGAACUACCUAUGACUAUAGGAACAUUCUGUUUUCAGAUAAACACUGCACUAAAAGGGCUGCACCAAUGCAAAAUCAAUCAGAUGAAAUGUAAAAAGACAUGACUUUAUAUCUGAUGACUGUUUUUAUAUCUGAAGAUUCUGUGGCUGUCACUGGUGUUUGUCAGCCUCACUGCUUUCUCUGGUGUUUCCAAGAAUACAGUAAGAACAGUUCAGGCAUGUUCUUGUCAUCUCAGAAAGACUAGAGGGAAAUUAAAAGAAUAUACCUUUCCAUGGUUGUUGAUAAUGUGUCAUUACCAACAUGUAGAUGAUUAACUUAUAUAGUCACAUUAUUUAUGUUGAGAUAAGGACAGUUAAAAGUCAUGGUGGACACUAAACCCAGCCAAUCAUUGCUGGUGCUAGAAUGUUGUUUUGGGAGGUCUCUAAACAAACUGCAUCUUCUGCAAUUCAUUUGAAACCCAGGAGCAGCUGUUUUAUUCUGACAUCAUGAUAACAUAUCAGAGGUCUAUUCAUUAAAUAAAUAAAUUAAUAAAAAAUGACAAUGACGUGCAAUAGCUAUUUUUCAUGUUAAAUAUUGCAGACAAGAGAGAACCCUUAACGCCAUCCCUAACCCUGAAAUUAUUCUAAACAUAAUAACAUUUAGUUUGCAUCUGAUUUUUUUUCAAUAUGCAAGGGAUUUUUAUUAUAUAAUGUUGUAUAAUAAUAUAAUUUUCUUUCUGUUUCUUCUGUUUUUCACGUUCUUUAGAAAUUGUACUUUUUUGAGAAUUUGAGUAAUAAAUGUAAUCUCAUUCAAUUAGUUUGUUUGGUUUUCAAGUGAAUCUUACAAAUUCUUCAUUGCUCUUGACAUGAUGAUUUUUACUCCUUGGGGUAAAUAUGCUCUUACAAAUGGAUUCUAAAACAAAUGAUAUUUAACACUGUUCGUAUAUAUUAAAGAAAAUAUUGUCACAAGUAUCCUGUAACUAGAU